UUGGGUGGACAGAGGUUAUUCAUGUUAGUUCUAGAGGAAACUUGAUAAGCGCACGUUUCACAUCGCCUCGCCUCGCAUUGCAUCGCACGCGUGGCACACGAAUAAAUUUUACGAUUAGAUCGCGUAGUUUGGCUGCGGCUCGCGGGCUAUUAAUACGCGCACGCGUUUUAUUUUCGACCCAGCACACGCAACAAAGACAACUUUCAGUGUUUCAGUGCGUAUCCAUCAGAAGGGAAACCAGCAGUGUCUCAAAUUGUGUUUAAAAUCAUCGAAUCAUUCAAUCUAAGUAAUAAUAACCUCAAAAUCAUAUCAAGAAAAUAAAAAGAAACAAGAGAAGUCAUUAUUUGAGUUUCAAGAUGGCGACUGCGAUGGACACCGUCGAACUUGAACUUUGUCCAAACUGUAAAAAGGAGAUACCUCAGAUUAAUUAUGUGAUGCAUACAAUGCACUGCGCAAGGAAUAUUUCCUUAUGUCCUAUUUGUAAGGAGCCCAUUCCUAAGGGUGAUUUGGAAGCGCAUAAAGCGAAACAUGCGGUGGAGAAGAAAAAAGUUUCGGCUCCGGAGACGAAUGUUGCUAGUACUCAAUUAGGGAGGGCUUCUGGGUCUGGUUCUAGUACAACCACAUGGAAGAACCAACCAUACACAGGUCCUUUUCCAGAGAAAUUGGGACGUGUGAAUGGUAAUGGUAAUGCUACUGGAAGUGGUAUUGGGAGUUCAAAAGGAAAUAAUGGUGUUGUUAAGCCUCAUAAUGAUUUGUCUGCUUGUAAAUACUGUGAGUUGGAGUUGCCAAAGGAUACCAUGAAGGAGCAUGAGGAUUAUUGUGGCACCCGGACGGAUAAAUGCAACGAAUGCGGGGAGUUUGUUAUGUUUAAGUACAAGAAGUUGCACGAGGAGAGUAAUCAUGGGUUUAUCAAGUUGAAAGACGAACCUGGCCCCAAACCAAGCUGGGAUUCAUCCACAGAACGUUCUAAUACUAGCACCACUACCACUUCAACUUCCCGCGCAAACAAUUACAGUUCAUUCGACAUGUCUUCAUUAUCCGGAAGUGGAUUAUUCAAUAUGGCCGACUAUAUCCCGCCGUCUUUGGGUAGACCAGGUGGUGGGGGUACAAGCACAUCAGGUGCUUCUAGGUACUCAACAUACACAGACGAUGAGGACACCUACCGACCAUCCGGUGGUAUUCGUGAUCAAAAGAAGAUAGACUACAAGGAUUUAAGCCGCCGAUUGGAUUGUAAGACCGAAUAUAUUCGGAAUCUACUUCAUGACAGUGCUAGUAUCACAGCGCCAUUUAGGACCACACCAUCAACACGCAACCAUUACAAUCAUAAUAAAGGUCCUGCCCCUCAACCGCCUUCCUCCUCUCGCCGCCCCAACCCCCCGACGGAAUUAACCAUCCCCUGCGAGUUCUGCAACACACCCAUCCCACACGAAGAUCUGAUCCAGCACGAGACCGGCUGCCGACCCGAUUUGGCCCGCUUUAAUCCGCGCAGGCGGCGGCAGGAGGAAGAGUUCUAUCGCUACACGCCCUCGCCGCCGCCCACGCCCGACAGUCCCGAGGUGCAACUGCCAUGCGAGUUCUGCUCGGAUAUGAUACCCGCGUCGCAACUGCUGCGCCAUCAGGCCACAUGCAAUUGAUAUUUGUAUUGACACAUCGUUUGUAAUCGGUAUUUUUCAAGUUGAAUAUAAAAUAAACACUC